AUGUCACUCGAGCCUCAGUUCAACGAUGGAGGGUUUCACGAUGAUGUCGCUUUUGCGAUUCCUCCAAAACCAUCUUUAUGUUCACAACAAGUUUCCUUGCUCCAACAACCUGCACAUAAACUGUUUGACAAAUUGUCACCAAGACCAAGAUUCUCCCACACGCAUACAAUGUUUGCAAAAGUAGAUGGGUUCCUUCCCCCUUCAUCACCAAAGCUAGAAAUGAAGCUUUUACAACUUGGUAUUGCCCUCUCCAUUUGUCACAUACAACAAGGGAGCUUCAUCAUUACGAAAGAAGACAAGAAAUGUAGAAAACAUGCUCUCAAUCCGUCAUCGGACCACUGCCAAAACUACGUGAUCGCAGUGUUUCUACAGAAGGUCUUCCAUCUGUUAUCACAACAUGUUUAG